AUGGCAGGCAAGCUCAAGAUCUACGGCAAUAUGGCCUCGCCAUACUCGGAUAUCGUGCUGCUCACGGUCGCUGAGGGUGGCCUGAAGGACUAUGACUAUGUCAAUGUUGACUUCCGGAAAGGUGCACAUAAGUGGAAGACAGCAACCAAAGUCCCUUUGGCGCAGCAUCCUAGCUUUCUCCUCAUGAACCCGAUGGGAAAAUUCCCUGUUCUCACAACCCCGGAAGGAGACCAUCUUUACGAGUCUCGCCCAAUGGCGAAAUACAUCGCCACACGCUACAACGUCACAGAUCUGCUCCCCGAUACCAAGGAUGCCUUGGCUCUCGCGCGAUUCGAACAAGCUGUGUGCCUCGAGAUGUGUUACUUCAACGCUCGCGCGUAA